UUCUCGUGCAAACUCCUGACCACAGUCUUUCGUUUCGGGAUCAGUGUUUCUGAUCCAUCGCCAGUCGGCAACCAUACCUAUCAUUUCCCCCCUCAGUCAGGUCAUAAUACUCGAUUCGAUAUCACCUUUUUGAACCCUGUAGAACGCCAUGAAGACCUUUAGCGCAACUGCAUUGCUUCUCAUUGCUGGGGUUGAGGCUGCCAAGCAUGCCCACCGUCAUGGACACCAUUCGGUCGGCGAAGCAAGCACCUCGGUGGCCAAGCGCACUGGGAGCUGUCAGUUUCCCUCGGAUGCGGGCCUGGUGGCAGUCACCCCGGACGAGCUGAACGGUGGCUGGGCCAUGAGUCCAGACCAGGAGUGCACGCCCGGCGGAUACUGUCCGUAUGCCUGCCCUCCCGGGCAGGUCUCGAUGCAAUGGGAUCCCGAGGCGACCUCAUACUCCUACCCAUUGUCGAUGAACGGCGGUUUGUAUUGCGACGAGAAUGGCAACAUCCAGAAGCCCUUCCCGGAGAAGCCGUACUGUCAAGACGGUAGCGGAGCUGUGAGCGCGAAGAACAAAUGCUCCAGCCAUGUCGCAUUUUGUCAGACGGUCCUCCCAGGUAACGAGGCCAUGCUCAUCCCCACCCUGGUGCAGGAGUUGGAGACUCUGGCCGUGCCGGAUGUUGAGUACUGGCUCGAGACCGCGGCGCACUUCUAUAUCAACCCACCUGGCUAUAGCACUGACACCGCCUGUGUCUGGGGUACAUCCGCGAGCCCCAUUGGAAACUGGUCGCCUUAUGUUGCCGGUGCCAACACCGAUGCUACGGGCGACACGUACGUCAAGAUUGGAUGGAACCCGAUCUACCUGGAAACGACUACCCCUUUCCGUGAUGUAGUGCCCGACUUUGGCGUGGAGAUCGAGUGCGAGGGGGAUGGCUGCAAUGGACUUCCCUGCAAGAUCGAUCCGGAUGUGAACGGAGUCAACGAGAUGACCGGGUCGAGCUCGAUUGGCGCCGGCGGGGCAGCCUUCUGCGUCGUCACUGUUCCCAAGGGUGAAACGGCGAAUAUUGUUGUGUUUGACAAGGCGGGUGGCUCGUCCGGCAGCAGUGGCAGCAGCAGUAGCAGCACUGUCAGCAGUGUUGUUGCCACCAGCAGCAGUCAGAGCUCAUCCAUCAAGAGUACCACUAGCACUUCAACUACCUCGACCAGCACCAGCACCAGCUCUAGCGCCACCAGCACGUCGACAAUCGCAACCAGCACUAGCACCGCCGUCAGCACCACCAGUUCCAGCUCCAUUGCUUCCAGCACCAGCUUCACCACUUCCAGUACCACCGCCGCCAGCGACCGGACCACCACCAUCUACUCUACAACGAUCAUUUUCGAUUCCACACGCAUUCCCCUUCACACGCCCUCGUCGAGCUGGAAGGUGAGCUCAUCAGCCGUCGUAGCCGCAUCCGCCCGCUACACCUACCUACCUCAUGCUUUCGUCGAGACGGGCCACGAAACCGAGCCCAUUCAAAUGGAGGCAGUGUCAGAGGGUGCUAGCGCAGCCUCUGCGACCCCAACGGUUAUGGCUGCCGCCCAGGGAGCUGCAGCAAGCAAGACGGUGUCGACGCUGGGAUUGGUGCUGGCGGUUAUUGGCGCCGUUGUGAUGGUGUAGAUGUGCGCGCGGGUGCAAGUAUCUUGCUGCAUCCGAACCUACUCAUUCUCUACGUUAAUAUUUUUUCUCUUCUCUCACUUCACUUCACUUCGGACA